UUGCUCUGGGGAUGGAUUGCUAGAGUAUUUACCAUAAUGAUACGAUUAGUCAGACAAACAAUCCCAUGAUCUGAGCUCCAUCGCAGCUGAUUUCCCAUUCUCUCUUUCUCUCUCCCUCCGGCUCUCUUUCCCCCUCCUCCGUUUGUGCGUCUCUCUCUCCUCUCUCGCUCUGUAGCAUCCCACUGCUGUCUUGUCACUAGGCCAAGGGAACACAGCAGCACACUCUUUGUACUUCCUGACUAUACCUUUCUCUCUCUCUCUCUCGCUCUCCUUCCGCUCUCCCUAUCUCUUCACCUCUCUAUCUCUGAGUUUUUGUAGGAGAGGGAUGUCCAGCCUCUCAGGUCCAAUCUGUUAGUGUAGCGAUGGGGCCUAGACUAGCUAAUUUCUUGGCUGUAAUCAGAUUAGCAGGCACUGAGCAGCUUUAGUUAGCCCCUGUCUCCCUGCAUGCCUGCAACCUGUCUAGUUAGCCAGUUAGCUAUUAGCGUUAGUGCUGGAGGAGUCUAGAGGGGAGCUGUCAAGAGACUCAGCCUAGCGUCGUAGCCACAGCCUCAACGCUCCACUCAAACGCUACACUGCCGACGCUACUACGUACUACUACUCCUGCUCAGCUCACUCCCUCUCCUGUCUUUCUGUCCCUGUCUCUCUCUCUCUCUCUCCCGUGCUGCUCAUCCCGGGGCAGUUACUGACUGCCUUUGUUUCUCUGCAUCACCUUGCAGUCAGUUGCCUGCCUGUGGGUUGGACCUCAGCACUUCUCACUUUUUCUCUCCAGCUCUCUUUUUAUUUCAAUCUGUCCGCUGUACCUACCUGGUAUUGCAAAAAUGUAUCGGAGCGCAAACCCAUGGAUCUCAAACUACCUGAGCCAUGUCAAGUUCUGCGGCCAAGAACUUGGGAGUGAGACCCCCAUCAAACUUGGGAAGGCAAGACUUUUACAGAAGAGGGCUCUUAGCUUCCAGAAAGUGUUCUUGUUCGAAGAGAAAAAUACCCUGGCCAAGAACACCAAGGAUAUAGAUGUAAAUCUCUUGGCAAGCCUCCCUAAAGUUUCAGAAUUGAGGAAGCGUUUUGAAGGCAUCAGCCCAAGCACUAGCUGUGACUGGGAAAUGAACAGGAAGGAGAGGAUUGCCCGGCGGUUGGAGGGCAUAGAGAGCGAAGUGCAUCCCGCCAUAUUACCCAGCUGCCCAGGCCUGGUGACCAAUCAGCUGGUAGAGGAAGACACGCCCCGUUAUACACGCGCCUCGGACACCUGUGACCCCUGUGUUGUCACAGUACAACGUUACAGUAAGGAGGACAUGGAGAGUCCAGAGAUUAUGACCCAUCAGCUGGUCACUGCUCCAGAGAGGCAGUCCAGAGCCCGGUGCAGACCCGAGGAACAGACCCAGACCAUACUCACCGAACCCACAGACCUCUCUGGUUCCGACCUGGACUCCAAGGUGGAGCGGAUCGCUCGCUACAAGGCAGAAAGGCGUCGCCAGUUGGCCGAGCGCUAUGGUAUCUCGCUGGACCAAGAGCCAGACACUACUGUCACCGACCACUUCUCUUCCCGAUACGGUGCCUCCUGUGGACUCAAGGAGUUGGCUUCUUCCUCUGAGAGGCAACAGGGCUACACACACCCAGAAACACGCUGCAGGGCAGAGUCUGUGGGGGACGAACACUCCUACACAUCCAGUAGAUCCAGGGUGGGUAGAGUGUCCCCCCCACCACAGGGCUACGGCAAGCCUGACCAGGGGCGACCCAGGGUUGACUCGUUCACAGAGAGGGAGAGGGUGGAGAACCUGGAGAACCAGCGCAGGGCGGCUCAGCAGGAGAGGAACAUCAAAGCCCCCGAGCCGCAGCCGCCAUCUUCCUCCACCUACAUGGAUGUGGCAUCGUCGACCUCUGCCAAAGUGCCCGUUGCUAAGCACAACACCAUCAUGGGGUUGCCUCCUAGCUCACCCAAGACUGGCCGGAAGUCCUUGCUGCCCUCCCCCAAACAGGAGGUGUCCCCUGGGGACCUGUUCAUAGAGCAACAGGCCCACAACAUCCUCAGCAGACAGGGAAUCAGAGUUAGGGACAGACUGGCCAGGGAGGAGGGAGUUCGAAAGAGGAGUCCAGAGCUGGGCCACCAUGUCCACGAGGCCCCCCUGUACAGGAGACACCCCCAGAUCACCACCCGCUCCACAGCCUACCACCACCAUGACCCCCAGGCUCCGGCGUAUACCACCACUGACUCUCCAGGCCCCAAGUCCUACUCUCACCACCAGCCUCAGCUCACCCGUUCUGGGCAGAGUGAUGACCCCAGCUAUCUGUCCAUGACUACUGGCCCCGGUUCCGGGGCACAGCAGCCCCAGCAGCCUCUGCCAGAGGAGGAAAAGGAGAUGGAGGGAGAAGUGGAAGAAGAGGAGAAGAGGGGAGCCCCUAGGGAGGGCAGACAGGAGGUGAAGACUGAGGGACUACUGAAGAGCAGGAAAGCUGUGCUGCCAUCAGAAAUCAGAGGAGUCCAGGGAGUGGGACAGGGGAGGGAGGCUGAGCCCAGAGGAGGGUACAUGGAAAGAGGGGGAGAGAGACCCAGGAUGAGAUGGGAGGAAUCGGACACAGACCACGAACCAAUCAGACCUACGGAACAACCCAUGACCCGCCUGCAGGCUGCCGAGGUCAGAGCAGAGCUCAGAGCCUCCAGGGAGAAGGGCCAACAACUGUGGAGUGACAAUGCCAUCUACCUCCAGAGAGGCGUUGCCCCCGCCUCUACCCACAUCCAGAACAGGGGAGGAGGCCCAACCGCCACCACCAUGACCACUGAUGCCUUCAUCUCCUCCAUCCGCUCCUCAUCCGACACUGGGCCCCAUGGGGCCCCUAGAGGCUCCAUCCCCAGGGCCAAGGAGCCAUGGUCGUUCAAAGAGGCAGCAGGCCUGCAGAGGGGGGCCAUUGAAUAUGGGAUCAGAAAUAGAGACCAGAGACCACUAGAGACCAGGGACGCUCGUAUCUCUGUGGCCAAGCUUCGUCACUCCUACCUGGAAAGUGCUACAACUGCUACUGCCCCAGUCGUCAGGAAACCUGAGCUGUCUUGUUUGAGCCCAGAUCUACCAAGCACUGAAGCCGAUGAAGAGAAAUUGGAUGAGCGGGCUAAGCUGAGUGUUGCAGCCAAGCGUUCUCUCUUCAGGGAGUUGGAGAGGAACACGGAUGGGGGCUCCCCAAAACCCCCAUCACGGAACGUGGCCAUGGAGAGGCGACUGAGACGCACCCAGGACCGCUCCCAUACCCAGCCAGUCACUACUGAGGAGGUGGUCAUUGCUGCCACCCUGCAUGCGUCCUCACAGGAGAGUGCUGCAGCCAGGGAGCAGGCCAGGCAGACCCAUAAUGCACCAGAGGUCCAGAGAGAGGCCCAGCGGACGUCCUCCAAGCUCCUCCAGACUUCUUCUCCUGAGGAGAACCAGCCCCAGACCCAGAAUCAUCAGGGCCAGGGGGACGCAGAGCCGGAUCUGUCCACCUUAAGCUUGGCAGAGAAGAUGGCUCUGUUCAACAGGCUGGCCCAGCCAGCCACCAGGGUGAUCCGCACCAGGCCGGACAGCAGGGGGCGCAGGGCCAACGCCCGUUACCAGACCCAGCCCAUCACCCUGGGAGACCUGGAGCAGAUCCAUAACGGGGCCAAGUUGGGGCAGCUAUUCUCAUCUGCCCUCAGACCUGGGGCCACGGUCGCCACAGACCACACAGGGGACAUCCACUUAGCCACUGGGGGCAGGGGUAGCCCAGCAGAGGCACCCAACCCUGGGUACUAUGAAAGGUCCAUCCCCCACCACCCUAGCCCUCCCACCCAGAUCACAGAACCCUCCAAUGCCGUCUGGAGGUCUGUGCCUGGCCCCCACCACCAAGCCUCUCUGGAUCUCCAGAAGCACCAGGCUGACACAACCACCAUCCUCCCCCAGGGAGAGGAGGGCGAUCUGUGGGGAGGGAAGAGCAAGUUGCCCUCUCCGGAGGGAGGUGUCAGAAAGGCCCCCAUGCCUCAGUCCUGGUCUGGUGAGAGGGAGUGGGAGGAGGAGCAGCGUUUGGCCAGGAUGGGUGGUGGUGAGGGUGUGGAGCCCCAGCGUUUGUUGAAGGGGACAGAGACUGGUGGUGGUGGUCUCCACCAGGACCACAGGCAGCACCAGGAGCAGAGGGGCUAUCUGAGACAGUCAUCAUUAGACCUCCAGGACCCAGACGGACACAGAUCAAAGGUCAUCAGCACUGAGCUGCCAGACUCUAGUGUGUCAUCAUCGAGAGCAGCAGAGCAGCUAAGGAGUGCAUCUCUCUCUCCACACACACUGCUGCCUCAGGCUCGGGAGCUGGGCGGGGCGGACACACACACGGACGGCAGCAGUGGUCUGGGACACGCACACAGCCUGGUCCAGUCUGAGCAAGAGGACAUAGAGCUCUCAGAAGCCAUGUCGGCUAGACAGAUGUCCAUCAAAGACAGGCUGGCCCUGUUGAAGAAGAGUGGCGAGGAGGACUGGAGGAACAGGAUUAAUCGGAAGCAGGAUGUGGUGAAGGUGGCCGUGUCAGAACGUCACGCUCAGCUAUGGGAGGUGGAGCAGAGCUUCAAGAAGAAGCAGAGGAUGGGAGGGGGAGAGGAGACUACGGAAAACCAGAACCAGCCUAUCGAGAUGUCUAUCCAUGAGAGGAAGCAGCUGAUCGUGGCCCGAGAAGAGGCCUGGAAGUCCAAGGGCCACGGGGCCGCUAACGACUCCACACAGUUCACUGUGGCCGCACGCAUGGUCAAGAAAGGUCUGGCUUCUCCUUCUGCUCUCUUGAACCCUGUGACGUCUCUCCCUUCCAAACCCAAGAACACAACUCCUGCCAUCUCCAAGCCCCUGGAAGAGAUUGAGGCCAAACCGGACAUGAACCUGGAGUCGGACAGGAAACUCGAUAAGCUGGACUCUUUCCUGAGCAAGUUGAACAGUAAAGUGGGCGGCCUGCAAGAAUCCACCAUCACAGUGACGAAGAAGACGGUCAAAGAUGUCAUGAAUCUGGAUGAUGAGAUGUUCGACAAGUUUUACCGCCACAUGGCCGAGAUGCCCCUCAACAUGAACAGCAAGGUGGACAUCAAUGACGACUUUGACGACAUCUUCGGUGGUACCCAGAUGCCAAAGCUGACCUCAGCCAUGGUGGAGCACAAGCGGUCGGUGCGUCCAGUGCGCAACGUCCAGUCGUCCAGGAACCCUCUGAAGAUGCUGGCAGCCAGAGAGGACAUCCGACACGAGUACACAGAGCAGAGACUCAACAUUGGCCUGCUGGAGAGCAAGAGGAUGAAGCAAGAGAAGAUGAAUAAAAAUAGUGGAUUCUCUGAGGUGGCUCUGGCAGGUCUGGCCAGUAAGGAGAACUUCAGCAGUGUCAACCUGCGUCGUGUCAACAUCUCCGACCAGAUGUCCAACAACAGCGCUGUGCCCUACAAGAAACUCAUGCUCUUGCAAGUCAAAGGCCGACGGCACAUCCAGACCAGACUAGUGGAGCCCAGAGCGUCCUCUCUAAACAGCGGGGAUUGCUUUCUGCUCAUCACACCCCAUCACUGCUUUGUCUGGACCGGAGAGUUUGCCAACGUCAUUGAGAAGGCCAAGGCUGCUGAGCUGGCCCAGUUCAUCCAGACCAAGAGAGACCUGGGUUGCCGUGCCAAUUAUGUAGAGCUGAUCGAGGAGGGUAUCAACACACACAGCUACGCUGCCAAGGAGUUCUGGAAGAUUCUGGGUGGACAGAUCAGCUACCAGUCCGCAGGGACACCAGACGAGGAUGAGCUUUAUGAGAGCGCUAUCGUAGAAACCAAUUGCAUCUACCGCCUAGUGGACGACAAACUGGUCCCCGAUGACGACUUCUGGGGGAAGGUUCCCCGAUGCACGCUGCUCAGCCCCAAACAGGUGUUGGUGUUUGACUUUGGCAGUGAGGUGUACGUGUGGCACGGUAAGGAGGUGACUCUGGCCCAGAGAAAAGUUGCCUUCCAGCUGGCUAAACACCUGUGGAAUGGAACCUUCGACUACACAAACUGUGACAUUAAUCCCCUGGACCCUGGAGAGUGCAACUCACUCAUACCAAGGAAAGGCCAGGGCCGUCCAGACUGGGCUAUGUUUGGAAGGUUGACGCAACACAACGAGACCACCCUGUUCAAGGAGAAGUUCCUGGACUGGACAGACUCCAAGAAGAAAGGUACCAUCAAGAACGGCCAUGAGCACCUCAACGAAAACAACAAGGAGCAGCAGAGCCCGGAACAGAACAUGAUGCGGGCCUAUGAUGCCUCCCUGAUGCUGCCACUGCUCCAGACCCCGGUUCGUACGGUGUUGGAUGGGGUGGACCUGGGCCGGGGCUAUGGCCCGGUGGCGGGGGAUGACCGCAGGCACUUUGAGAUCAGCACCACCGCUGUGGACAUCUGGCACAUACUAGAGUUUGACUACAGCCGGCUGCCCAAGCAGAGCAUCGGACAGUUCCAUGAGGGAGACACCUAUGUGGUGAAAUGGAAGUACAUGGUGAGCACAGCAGUUGGGAAGAGGCAGAAUCCGGAUGCGGUGAGGAGCGCAGGAGCUGGGAAGGAGAAGUGUUCCUAUUUCUUCUGGCAGGGCCGGAAUUCUACCGUCAGUGAAAAGGGGAUGUCAGCGCUAAUGACUGUUGAACUGGACGAGGAGAGAGGAGCACAGGUCCAGGUGCAGCAGGGGAAGGAGCCUCCAUGUUUCCUUCAGUGUUUUAAUGGAGGGAUGGUGGUCCAUGCAGGGAAGAGAGAAGAGGAGGAAGAGAACUCACAGAAUGACUGGCGGUUGUACUGUGUGCGGGGGGAGGUCCCGGUGGAGGGCCACCUGCUGGAGGUAGCAUGUCACUGCAGCAGUCUGCGCUCCCGGACCUCUAUGGUGCUUCUCAGCGUCUCUAAAGCAACCAUGUACGUGUGGCACGGCUGCAAGGCCCAGCUCCACACCCGCAACGUGGGGUGCACUGCCGCCGACAAGAUCAAAGAACAGUGUCCGUUGGAGGCAGGGCUCCACAGCAGCAGUAAGGUGACCAUCCAUGAGUGUGACGAGGGGGCGGAGCCUACGGGAUUCUGGGAAGCCCUGGGAAGGAGAGAUAGGAAGGCCUACGACUGCAUGCUCCAAGAUCCAGGGAAGUUCAACUUCACCCCUCGUCUCUACCAGCUGAGCAGUACGUCUGGAGAGUUUGUUGCAAUGGAGUUCUUCUACCCAGCCAGAAUAACAGAGGAGGUCAACUCACUGCCCUUCCUACAGGAGGACCUCUACACUGCAUCUCAACCAGCCCUCUUCCUGGUCGACAACCUCCAUGAGGUCUACCUGUGGCAAGGCUGGUGGCCCCAGGACAGCGAGAGCCCUGGCUCUGCCCGUAUCCGCUGGGACGCAGACAGGAAGUGUGCCAUGGAAACGGUGCUGCAGUACUGCACAGAGAAGAAUGAGAAGAAGCCACCCAAGGCGUAUCUGAUCCAUGCGGGACUUGAACCUCUAACCUUCACCAACAUGUUUCCAUGCUGGGAACACAGAGAGGACAUAGCUGAGAUCACUGAGAGGGAGGCAGAGGUUUGUAACCAGAUAAUUCUGGUAGAGGAUGUGUUGGCACGGCUGUGUAAGACCACCUACCCCCUGGCAGACCUGCUGGCACGGCCCCUACCCGAGGGAGUCGACCCCCUACGCCUGGAGAUCUACCUAGACAAUGAUGACUUUGAGAAAGCUCUGGAGAUGUCGAGGGAUGAGUAUGAGGUGUUGCCAGGUUGGAAGCAGGUGAACGUGAAGAAAGCCAAAGGAUUGUUUUAGUACGUUGGACAGAAGGCUUGACCACCGGAUGACAUCAUCAGCAAGCGACGGGCAGUGCAUCGUGGUUCAGUUGUAACAGGAGCCCGCCACUGAGAACUCUUUAAUUUAACAUUUCACCCCUUCAUCUCUGGACUGGAGAGGGCUUGGGAACACACACUUCUGAGAACCCUACCCUGGUUGGAGGGAGGGACGAGGAAGAGAGACACAGUGGUGGAAGGAGUGAGGAUCAACAGAGUUGUGCCAGCCUCGUGUAUAGUUUUCUUAUUUUCUUAUUUUAUUUGUAUGUGUUACCAGUUUUGUUUUGUAAUUCUAAAUGUAGGUAGUUCAGAGGUAUGCGAGUGAAUGUUGAGUGGAUGUUUGUAAUGUGUCGGCACCCGGCUUUUUAAAUCAACACUAUGUGCUUGUGUGUGCUUGUGUGUGCUUGUGUGUGCUUGUGUGUGUGUGUGUGUGUGUGUGUGUGUGUGUGUGUGUGUGUGUGUGUGUGUGUGUGUGUGUGUGUGUGUGUGUGUGUGUGUGUGUGUGUGUGUGUGCUUGUGUGUGUGUGCCCGUGUGUGCCCGUGCUUGUGCGUGUGUGUGUGCGUGCUCGUGUGUGCUUGCGCGCUCGUGUGUCUGUUUGUGUGUGUGCUUGUGUGCUCGUAUAUCUGUAUGUGUGUGGGUGUGACCAUGCUUUUACAGUAUCGCCCAUACAGCAGUUUGUCUGCGAGCAGGAGAACCACUCUGUUUGACACACCCCAAACAGACUCUCUGCAAGCUGUUCUUUGUGCAUUUGUGCAUUAGAAUAAAUCAUUUAUAUUUAUAUUUACUCCAUAUUAGGAAUAAAAAUACUUUUGUGUAUUAUCUGUGAGAUAAGAAAUGAAAUACAUUGUAUUGUUAUUCAUGUUGUGGUUGUCAUAUGUUGAUAAGUAGUUGGACAAUAAUGCUCCUUUCCCAAGAGACUGUACAUGUUGCCAUUUUAUUGAACAAAUCAUGUAUCUACUACAUUCUGAAGUGUCUGUUGUCAUUGCUAGGCUGUCCUGCAUCAUUCAGGUGCUCAGAUUGAAGAGAAUUGUUGUAUUUUACAGGCAUGAAUUUACAGAAUCUUAUAAAUUCAACAUUGUAUAGUGCCUUGCUUUUAUGUACAGUUUACAUAUAGAACAAUUUUAGUCUGUGUUUUAAAGACUCUCUUUGUGAUAUAAAGGAUAUUAGAGAAAUAAACAUUGAAAUUAAA